CAACAAUCAAUGGGAAUCCCGUUGCAUGUUUGCUUUAUGCUGCUCUUCCUUCUUCCAAAUAUGACUAUCAGACAGGGGAUACUCUUAUCACUCUCAAAUUUCUAGAAUAUGAAGUGUCAUUGCAAUACUUGAAGAAUGAAUUUCUGGUAGACCUUUCCAUUGAGAAAGAUGGUAGAAUUUUGAAGCUUGAUUCAAUUACCAACACCUCAAUUUGGGAAGGAGCUGAUGUUUUAAUCUUUAACAAUUAUUAUUGGUGGACUCAUACUGGAACAUUACAAGCGUGGGAUUACUUAGAAGUUGGUGGCAAACUAAUUAAAGAUAUGGAUCGUAUGAAAGAAUAUAAUAUUGGAUUGAGUACUUGGGCUAAAUGGAUUGACACUAACAUAGAUCCUAACAAGACUAGUGUUUUCUUUCAAGGAAUUCCUGCUCUUCAUUUUUCUGGUGCAAAUUGGGGUGAACCAAAGGGAGUAAACUGCAAGGGGAAAACCAAACCCAUAGGAGGUUCAACUUAUCCAGGAGAAAGAUAUCCAGGAGAACCUGUCAUAAAGGAAGUGUUGAACACAAUGAAGAAGCAUGUACAAUUGCUUGAUAUUACAUUGUUGACUCAAUUAAGAAAAGAUGGGCAUCCAUCUAUUUGUGGCACAAGUGGUGAACUAGAUUGCAGCCAUUGGUGUAUUGCUGGAGUACCAGACACUUGGAAUUUGCUAUUAUAUACAACUCUUAUUUCAUAGACUAUAGUGCUUUUUAAGUAGUAAUUAUUAAUUUUAAGAUCCUAUCAUAGUAUAGGAUUUGAAUUAUUUUAGGAGAUAUAUAUGAUAUGUCAUAUCUUCAAAAGUUGUUACAAACGUGAUUUCCUUCUUAA